CGCAAUCGCCGCCAUGGUGGUCCUGAACACACAGCCGAGCACAUCGGAGCUCAAGCACAAGAAAAAUCGCCGCAAGAUUGCGAAAAAGCCCGCGCGGACGGCAUCUGCACAGGGUGCGGAAGACGAUGAUAUGGAAGGGGCUUCCUCUGCGCCGGGCGAGCUGCCCGCGGCGGCGCAGGAGGGAUGGGAUGAGGGAGAUGACGAUGUCAUGAUAGACACAGACGCAGCGGCCCCCUCACAAUCCGCCGCACCCGCUUUCCCUGCCCUCCCGGCGUCCGCGCAGAGGACGUCGCUGAAGUCCGAGACUCGCCGGAUACCUAUACCCCCUCACCGCAUGACGCCGCUGAAGAAGGACUGGGUGAACAUCUUCUCCCCGCUGACGGAGAUGCUGCACCUGCAAGUACGCAUGAACGUGCAGCGGAAAAGUGUCGAGAUUAGGACAUCAAAACACACGAAGGACAUCGGGGCCAUUCAGAAAGGUGCUGACUUCGUCAAGGCAUAUGCGUUGGGUUUCGAUGUCAAUGACUCGAUCGCGCUCCUCCGUAUGGACGACUUAUAUCUUGACUCCUUUGAGAUCAAGGAUGUGAAGACCCUUCACGGUGACCACUUGUCUCGCGCCAUUGGUCGGAUUGCCGGCCAGGACGGCAAGACCAAGUUUACCAUCGAAAACGCUAGCCGGACACGAAUCGUCCUAGCAGACACGAAAAUUCACAUCCUCGGAUCAUUCCAAAAUAUCAAGGUUGCGCGGGACGCUAUCGUCUCCCUCAUCCUCGGCUCGCCCCCAGGCAAGGUGUACGCCGGUCUCCGUACCGUCAGCGCACGGAUGCGCCAGAGGGCGAUGUGAGCGCCGGUGCAUCUGUAAGGGUUUGUCGCGAGUAGUGUACGUUGCUGGGUUGUAGAUCAUUUCACGCAUGUUUCAUU